UUGGACAUCUUAAAUUUAGGUUCUAAGUAUUUACGUCAUUCCGCGUGAUAGUACUGAUUAUAGUUUUGAAAGUCAGAGACCGUUUAUAAAAGAGGACGUUUCCCCUUCGACCUUCGUAAGGAAGUUUUGGCUUUAUGCAGCUGUUCAUAUGGCUUUUUUAUUUUUUUAACGAACUACUCUGUCCUGUAUGCUAAGGAUGAAGUAUAUUCGAAGAAAAAAGGAAAGACAAAGGCAGUUUUGUCUAAAACCAAAACUUCCUUUCCUUAUUAAGGACAAUUUCGGUUUUGAAUUGUCUGUUCCGUUAAGAGAGAGAUAUGAAGAUGAAAACUUUAAAAAAACAAAAAUUUUUGAUUUUUUUAAACUAGUUUUUGGUACUUUGAUUUAUGAUAGGGAGCUUUGGUCAUUUUUCAAGCAUGGUUGUCGCUUGUGAAGUGUAUAUCAGUCUAUGGAUGAAGU